UAAGGGUAUCAUGCUGCUGCUGCAUCCUUUGCAAUGCGGGGUGUGUCCCUCCGUCGGCAGCUUGACUGUCCCUCUGCCCUCCUUUUUCACCUCCUGGGUGUCCAGUUGCCAGGAGUGAGCCCCACGGAGCAGCGAUGACGCUAGGCUAGGGUUUUGGAAACGAACCCCCACCGGAGGACUGGCCGUCUGUAAGGAACCGCAGCGUUCAUGGAAUAUGAAACAAAGAGUGGCAGAGCUGGACCUGGCAACCCGACAUCUCCCAGGCAGAGCGUGAGGAAAAACCUGGACUUUGAGCCCCUCUCCACCACUGCAUUGAUUCUGGAGGACAGACCCGCUAAUCUGCCCGCCAAGCCAGCUGAGGAGGCCCAGAAACACCGACAGCAGUAUGAAGAGAUGGUGGCCCAGGCCAAGAAAAGAGAGUUGAAGGAGGCUCAGAAGAGGAGGAAGCAACUGGAGGAUCGAUGCAAGCUUGAGGAGAGCAUUGGAACAGCAGCACAGACCUGGAACCAAGAGAUCUUACCGCACUGGAGUACAGUGUGUACCUCCCGACGAGUGAGGGACCUGUGGUGGCAGGGCAUCCCCCCCAGCGUCAGAGGCAAAGUGUGGAGCCUGGCUGUGGGCAACGAGCUCAACAUCACACACGAGCUGUAUAGCAUCUGUCUGGCCCGGGCCAAAGAGAAGUGGAACACCACAGCAGCACCCACCACAGAGACUGAAACUGAAGAUGCAGGUUCUUCAGACAGGGAGUCGAGUCUGGAGCUGAUCAAGCUGGACAUCUCGAGAACCUUCCCCCAACUCUGUAUCUUCCAGAAGGGCGGGCCCUACCAUGACGUGCUGCACAGCAUUCUGGGAGCCUACACGUGUUACCGGCCAGACGUUGGCUAUGUGCAGGGAAUGUCGUUCAUCGCAGCAGUGCUGAUCCUCAACCUGGACACAGCUGAUGCCUUCAUAGCUUUCGCCAAUCUGCUCAACAAGCCCUGUCAGAUGGCCUUCUUCAGAGUCGACCACAGCCUUAUGUUGACUUACUUUGCGGCAUUUGAAGUGUUCUUUGAAGAAAACCUACCAAAGCUCUUUGCACAUUUCAAGAAAAACAACUUGACUCCUGAUAUUUAUUUAAUCGACUGGAUCUUCACCCUGUACAGUAAGUCGCUGCCGUUGGACCUGGCGUGUCGGGUGUGGGACGUGUUCUGCCGAGACGGUGAGGAGUUCCUGUUCCGCACGGGGCUGGGCCUGCUGCGCCUCUACCAGGACGUCCUCACCUGCAUGGACUUCAUCCACAUGGCCCAGUUCCUCACCCGCCUGCCCGACCUCAUCCCCGCCGAGCAGCUCUUCCAGCACAUCGCCGCCGUUCACAUGACCAGCCGCAACAGAAAGUGGGCGCAGGUCCUGCAGGCGUUGACAGAACAGAAGCGAUCAGGAGCGAGGCAGCCCGGCGCUGAAUCGCUGAGCUGAGAUGUGCAGAAAAACCCCACCACACACUAACAGACUCGACCCUCCAGCCUUCAGGAAAACCCGCACUUCUUCUUCCAGGCCAGGUGGACACGGAGAGCGACCUUCCAUCAGCUCGGGGGACAAAAUCUAGUCGCAGCCACUGCGAUGAAGCUCUUCUCCAGAGCCGAGUCGCUGCUCUGACUGGAAACCAGAACCCUGGAGGGAAGAGGGGGAGGGGGUGAAAAAGGAAUACGAGGCCUUAUUUAACUCCUAAUUUAACACCCCCACCUCUACUCAGAGGCCCAGCAGUGAACUGGAAACUGUAGCUGGGAAAGGCUGAAGAAUGUAAGACACACUCCCACGUACAUGCAUCUACCAGGCUGACUCAGAUCUCCACGGACGCGAGGAAACCACCGAGAUACUCCAUCGAAUCCUCCACGUUUGAAUCUCUGCUGUCAGUCCCACUUCUUUCGAUUGGCAAAUUUAUCUUUAGAUUUCUUAGGGUACAUCUUUAAAAAAAACAAAAAAAAGUCAGGGAACCUCCAGCGGUAAAAUACGUCAAGUGGAACAUUCGCUUCCGUCUCUGUGUGUCUCGAACCUUUUUUUGUAUCUGCACCUUUUUUUUUUUUCCCCCCGCUCAAAACUUUAAUCAUUCCUUUGAGUUGGAUUCAUUUUCUUCUCAUUUUUUUUCCUAAUUUGUGCACGUUUGUUUCCUAAACCAUUCCGUGAAGUCAACUCGUCUGAAGAGAGAAGAGUUUUGAAUCCAUGAAGAUGCGACACGAAAUGCACAUGAAGACGCGUCCGGUGCCUCCGAGAGCGCCGCGUUGCGUUCAAAGCCUCGAACAAGAGGUCGUAAGCUGCCUGUAGAAUGAGUUUUACAGCAUAUUUAUGUCGAUGAAACUGGAACAAAUACUGCAGUGAAGAAGCAUCAGGUGUUCCUCUGGUAUGUUUGAGGUACGUUUCAGCUCGUUUCGAUUCCCAAAGUCUUGGUGUGAGCGUGGAAUCUGUUCUUUAUUUAACAUUUAUCAAAGGAGCUUAACUUGCUCCUAUCAAAUGAAGGGUUAUAGCUGAGCCUCCCCCCCCAACAAAUUGACCAAUCGAAAGCUGCACAAUCACCUGCGUUGUCUGUGAAUUGCGUUGUGCGUCUGUCCUUUCAAAUCAGCAGUCUUGCUCAGUUUAGUUUAUCGCUUUUCCACCCGAAGUGAAACUUGUGUGUCACAAUCAUUCACCUGCGGAUCGCAUAUUCUCCACAUGUUCACACUGUGGUGAACGUGUCACUCCGCCCUGACCAGCAGUGGGCGGGGACGGUAUUGACAACCGCUGCAAGAGUGAAGUUACAUUCCAAAGCUUUGUUUUGGCUGCAAGUGUUUCUUGAUAAUCAGAUUUUUUUAAAAAAGCUGUUAUUCAUUAUUUUUUGUUUGUUCUUGUUUUGUUUGAAGGCCCAUUUUGCACAAACUCGUUCACUAAAUGAACUCGAAAGUGCUGAAAUCUCGCUGGCGGCUGAGUUCAUCUGUCGGUGGAAUUGUCCCGUUGUUGCUUGUGAAGCUGCUUCAUCUGAUGUGUUGUGCUGCUGAUUUUGUGUGCGAUAAAGGUCCUUUUCGUGAACUGUUAUAUCGGUGGCGUCUCUGUUUGGCGUCUUGCUGAGGGGAGACUUUCUUAGA